AUCUCCAUGCUGAUUCUACGACACUGUCAUGUGCCUAGAUUGAACUACUUGGCAAGGCAAGUAUUUCCUCGUGAUCUAGAACUGGCAGCAGUCAUCCAUGACAAAAUGACUAGAUCUUCAUUUGUGGACAUCAUUGGUUUCAAUCAUUUGAAUGAUACAGCCUGGAAACAAGCGACUCUAAAGCUCAAGAAUGGAGGCUUUGGUUUAACACAGAUUGGACAAAUUUCUCAUGCUGCUUUUGUGUCUUCUUGGUGUCAAUCAAUGAAAGAAUUGCCAUCUCGUUUCUUGUGUAUGACUGACUUGGUUGAUUAUCUUACUUCUUCUAAAGAAAAGUCGGGGUCGAUUGGCUCAGAAGUAAUUUCUAGCUUUUCCGACUUGCCACCAUUGUCCAAGUCAGCUGACAAUGAUGAAGAUUUUCAAACACUUGAUGACAUCAUCGCUUAUCCUAAGAAACUGCAGCACCGUCUUUGUACUGAGAUAAACGAAAUUAAUGUGUCUGAACUCAUUGCUCAGGCUCCUUCUGAUAAAGAUGCGGCAAGGCUGCGGUCAUUGCAAGGUCGUGGAGCCGGAGAUUGCGUCCUAUUUGAGGUUGGGAUUGGCUUUACCGUUUACCAAGUGGGUGAAAGUGUGUGACUGUGGACAACAACUGGAUCAACAAGGAUACCACCUACUAACAUGUAAAUAUGGAGGAGGUCCUGUCUGGACCCACAAUACUAUCUUGAAGGGUUGGAGUGAAUGUUUGAGUGAUUUGCACAUUCCCCAUCAAACCGAACCCCGGCAUCGUUUUGUUAGUAGCGAAAACCGUCCUGAUAUGACACUCUUUGAUUCUGAAACAGGACAGAAUCUUGACGUGGAUGUUUCAUUAGCACACCCAUGGAGUAAGGAUGCUCUCAACCACGCACACAGAGAAGAAGGGUAUGCUGCAAAAGUAAGAGAGGAGAAGAAACUAAAGAAAUACUCAGGAGAGGUCCUGCAUGGUGGUUUAUCAUCCAAGUGUGUUCCACUAGUCUUUGAACAUUUUGGUUUGUGGGGCUCGCACGCACACAAGUUUUUGUCUCAUAUAUCUAGGCAAAGCUACAAUACCACUCAUGCACAUCCUUUUAACAGCGCUCAACGUUUUAAGGCAUUCUGGAGAAAGCAAUUUUCCAUCAUUCUUCAGAGAUGCAACGCCAGAGUGAUUUCGAGGAAGCUGUCGAGAUUUUCAUGCAGU